AGGGCAACUGGUGGGGUCAAGAAAGGAUGGUUGAAAGGUUUGGAUAUUCACACACAUCCACAGGAUAUAGGUGUGAGCACAUCUAGACGAGAACCAUUCAGGCCACCCAUUAUGAGACAGUCUAAUAGGGUUAUCGAAUUGCAGCAGACUGUUGACUCAUUGAAGGCAGAUAAUUAUAACUUUCGACAAGAAAUAUCUAAUGUUUUGGCAGAUAAUGCUAGUCUACGGGAGCAACAAUCGAUUUUUACAACAUAGAUGCAGCAACAGAUGCAGCAACUCUACCAGCAUUUCGGCAUGACCCCACUGGAUACCAGUGGGACAGUCACCCCUAGGACACCCCGAGAUAUUUAGGUUUUUCUAUUUUCAAUUAAAUAUUUGUAUUGACUUUAUAUUUGUAAUAGAUAUUAGAGGCUUAUAUAUUUAUACUAAACUUAAAAAAAUUUC